AUUCGUUCUCCUUUUAGCCCUCAUGGACAAUUCUAGAGAUCUCUCUUGCAUGGCUUCCUCAUCCACAACUUUUCCAUGUCAAGACUCUCUAAACCAGAGCCAAGAAACAGAUGUUAAUGUUUCCACUCAAGAACUCAAUCUUCUUGACUGCAUAGACACAAGUAUAGAGGUCAACAAGAGUUAUAACGGAUCGACUACACCCACGGAACACAAGCUGUUCUCAUGCAACUACUGUCAAAGAUCAUUCUAUAGCUCACAAGCACUUGGUGGCCACCAAAACGCGCACAAGAGAGAGAGGACGUUGGCAAAGAGAAGGCAACGAAUGGUAACAUCAGCCUCGGCCUUUGAACAUCCUUACGGUUUUUCUCCAGUUCCUUUCCAUGGACAAUACAACAACAUGUCUUUGGGGAUUCAAGCGCACUCGAUGAGCCACAAGCUAAGUUCAUAUAAUAGGCUUGGUGGUCAUUAUGGUCAGAUCAACUGGUCAAGACUACCACUUGAUCAACCACCAAUAGUAGGUCAACGUUUUUCAAUGGAUCAUUUUCAUCAUCAGCAGCAUCAGAUGAUGAUGAUGGGUCCUUCAUUAACUUCACGGUCCAGUAACAUGGAUAGAUCAUGGAGCAGCUUAGGAAGGAUUCUAGUAGGGUCACCGACUCUUGAACAAUGGCGAGGAAACGGAGGAUUGUUAAGAACAAAUCAGGAAGAGAAAGUACAGAAGCUUGACUUAUCACUCAAGCUCUAAGCUUCUUUAAUUUUCUUGAUUCUUGCAUUUAGUAUCUUUUAUUAUGUUUUCAUGUGAUUGUUAUCAAUUAGUACUCUUAUGUGUAUAUGUUUAUUUUCAGUAAUGUACAUAUUUCCAUGUAUCUAUACUUAGUCAGAUUUGUAUACAUACAUAGAUGUCAGGUAGACACCCAACAAACCAUAUAAAGCAUUAUCUAAU